AUGGCCUCGACCACCCCCGAAGGACCUGGCAUGAUGCCACUGGGAAUAGCGCGGCGAACAUUAGGAAUCAUCCUGCUCCUGGUGGUGGUUGUGCUAUGGACAACCUCGAAUUUCCUUGGAAGUACUAUCUUCGCCGACAAAACCUACCCGAAACCUUUCUUCGUAACUUAUACGAAUACCUCCAUGUUUAUGAUGCCCCUCCUUAUUAUCGUCGCUCGUCGAACAUGGGCUCUUUGGCGCCACGGGAAACUCUCUCAGAUCACUUCGAUAAAGACCUUUUUGAAUCACUUGGAUUCGCAUGACCCCAAGGCCGAGGAGGAGAGCAUGCUGCGCAACGACUCCGAUGAAGAGGGUGGGCGAUUCUCGCGGGAGAGACAGGAUGCUCCAAGCGGAAAACUAGGGCUCAAAGCAACAGCUAAACUCAGUAUUCAGUUUUGUCUUCUCUGGUUUACUGCAAAUUACUUCGCCAUGGGGUGCCUUCAAUUCACCUCAGUUGGAAGCACAACCAUUCUAACUUCCACCAGUGGUGUAUGGACCAUGGUCUUCGGCGCCCUGCUCCGUGUUGAGAAAUUCACCAUGCGCAAAUUCAUGGGUGUCAUGGCCUCUCUGAUUGGCAUUAUCCUGAUUUCGCGCGUAGAUCUCUCUGAGCCAGAUUCAGGUGAGGGCGGAGAUAGUAGUGAGGGUUCAUUCCCACACAAAUCAUCAGGGGAGAUUGCCCUUGGCGAUGCCAUGGCAGCGUUCAGUGCCAUCCUGUACGGUCUUUACACCGUCGUGAUGAAGAAACAAGUUGGCGAUGAGUCCCGUGUAAACAUGCCACUGUUCUUCGGACUGGUUGGAUUCUUCAACAUUAUCUUCCUGUGGCCCGGUUUCUUCAUCCUGCACUGGACUGGAAUGGAGCCCUUCUCCUUGCCCGAAACGUCGCGAGUAUGGUCAAUCAUUCUGACUAACGGGUUUGCAUCAUUUGUCUCUGAUAUUGCCUGGGCUUACGCUAUGCUUCUUACCACACCGCUUAUCGUGACUGUCGGACUCAGUAUGACCAUCCCGCUCUCCCUGGUUGGACAGAUGGUCCUACAGUCACAGUACUCCAGUCCCCUGUACUGGGUUGGAGCAGCUAUCGUGUUCUUGUCGUUCUUGGUUGUGCAGCACGAGAGCAAGCCUCAGGACGAUCUCACCACUACUGAUGGAGCAGGCAGGUCCUUCUCAGGCGAGUAUAACAGUAUUCCUGUUGAAGAAGAGGAAAUGCGUUAG